AUGGAUGCUGAUGGUGAUGGGUUUUUGGGCGAGAAGGACUUGAUGUCAUACUUGCGGGACUAUCUCAGAUAUGGUGAGGCUGAAGUCAUGGCAUUUCUGCACGCCCAUCAGCAGGAUGGCCGCGUAGACCUGCCAGCUUUCAAGCGUGGUCUCAAGGAGCUCCAGCCCUACGCCAUCCAUGACAGGUUCAACAAAACAAUCGUGCGGAAGCCUGGUGCAUUUGGUGGUCUCGACUGCGUCGAUUUCCACGUGGAGGACUGUAGUGGUUGCACCUGCUUGGUGUGCGAGAAGUCCUCUGAGUUUCAUGCUGAUGGCCUGGUGGAUUGUCGUCUUGUCAUCGGGCCCUGCGAGAACUCCACCUUCGUGAGGAACUGUGAAAACUGCACUUUUUGGGUUGCUACGAAGCAGUUUCGCGUCAGAGAGUGCAUAAAUUGCACGUUCUACUUGCACUGCCACACGGAGCCGAUCAUUGAGUCUUCCAAGGACUUGCGCGUGGCACCCUUCUGUGCCGAGUAUCCGGGACUGUCCCAACAAUUCAGGGAAGCAAAGUUCGACCCCGCAAAGAAUUUUUGGAACGCAAUCUACGACUUCACGGGCAAGGCGGAGUCUGCCAACUGGCAGAUUCCAUCCCUCGAUGCCUGCGAGAAGCUCAUCGUGUCCUUCGAAGGCUGCUCUGAUUCGCCAGAUGGACCAGCACCGGAGCUGACACAGGCUUUGCUUUGUGCUGACCCCCUGGUCAGCGGUGAGAGCCAGGGCCAGUCCAUGGCUAACAUACCACAGACCAGGCCAGCUCUCCCAGGAAAGCCCGGAAGACAGCGGCUGCAGCGACUCAUGAGCGAUGCAAAUGAGGAUGUGGGCGGCAGGCUGAGGGAGGUCCUUGAAGAUGAACCGCUGUUCAGCAGCAUCUCUCAGAACCAAAAUCUCGGACGCAUGUCAAGCGGCGGCGAGGUGGAGAAGUCCAAGCAGUCCCGACAGGAUCCACAAUCAUCGAGCGACGGCUGGGACGAGGUGGAGAUCUUGGACAUGGAGGAAGAAGAGGAGGACGUGGCCAAGUGGCAAACGAGGCUGCCUUCAACAAAGGAAGGCGAGUGGCGGCCAGGAGAUGCACAUGCUCCCCUGGCCUCUCGCCCGUCGCGGCCGGCGCAGCAAAAAGCUCGGGCAGCCAUGGCAGCUGCUGCAGAGGCUUCUUUGGCUCCCCUGCAAAGAGGGGGAGGUCCUGGAAACCUCGCUGCCAAGAGGCCUCUGGGCGGACUGAGGCUUUCAAUGGCACCUUCGAGAAAUUCGAAGACCGAUACCAAGGCACCUGCAGACAGCAGUGACGACGACGAGACUUAUGUGCCCAGCACCAAAGCACUUGCAAAGCCUGCCAGGCCAGCGGCCAGCACAGCCGCGAUAUCCAGUCUCGACAGCGAUGAUGAUGACGCUCAAAUGGAGGGGUCAAAUGCAUUGACUGCCCGACAGCGCAGUCUCCUGGCCCACGGGCUGACAGGUUUGGGAGCCUUUGGGCUGCAGCCGAGACUCUCCAGCAGUGAUGAGGAGAGGACUGUGCCGAAGGCACGCCGUGAUCCUCCAGAGACCAAGCGGCUUGCGGACAGAAGCCAGACAGGAAACCAUCAGACACAGAGCGACAGCACCAGCGACGACUAG